UGCGGAGUGCGCGUCCUAUUCAUUCAAGUUGUUGAUUGGCCAGAGAAUCUACACACCUUAUUUGAAGGCCUUGUUUGGCGGCUGAUUGAAAAGGAAAUACUAGCAGACAGCUCUUGAGGGGAGGCUGCUCAUCUCACCGCAAUUUCUGUGCAACCCUUCCCAGUCGGCUUCGUAUCGGCUGUCGGGCGUUCUGUUCUCGUUUUACGCUCAGAUAAACAUUCAGAUCACAUGAUGAUACUGAACGAGCGAAUAUGGAGUAUUUUCAAGCAAAACUGGCAGCACACAUUGACCUACUGGAGCGUUUUCUUUAGUUUUGGGCUGUCCAUUAGCUUCCUCGGUCCCACCGUCCUUGACCUGAGGUGCCAGACGCAGUCUACGCUCCAGGAAAUCACCUGCGUGUUUUUCUCUCAGCAGUUUUUUAUGCUCGUCGGCAGUUCGGUCGGCGGAGUCUUCAAGAAAACCCAAAAAUGCGCCCUGUCGGCCCUCUUCGCCUCCACCCUGCUCAUCUCCGCGGUGUUCGCCGUCGUACCCCUGUGCCACAGCGUCCUGCUGCUGGCCGUCGCCCUGGCGAUGAGCGGGACGGCCAUGGGCGUCAUCGACACCAUCGCCAACGUUCAGCUGGUGAAGAUCUACCAGAAGGACUCCGCGGUGUUCCUGCAGGUUCUUCACUUCUUCAUCGGUUUGGGGGCCCUGGUGAGCCCCCUCAUCGCGGACCCCUUCCUGUCGGAGACCAACUGCAUCCUGGGGGCGGGCAACGCCACCAGCGAGCUUCGGCACCUGAGGCACACGCUGGGCAGGAGCGCCGGGCGCAACUGGUCCCACUACCACCUGCUGACCGAGGGAACUGUGGUCACCCAGAUCUCCUACGCCUUCUGGAUCAUGGCCGCCAUUAACCUUCCUGUGCCCAUCUUGGUGUUCGCGCUCAUGCAGCGGGAGAGGGCCCCGCCCUGCUGCUGCUGCGGGACCCGGAGCCCCCGUCUGCUGGAGCAGGACGAGCUCGCCAUGAAGACCUGGGACCAGGGCGAGGGAGAGCCCAAAAACCUGCACCCCGAGGGCCACGGAGGAGGUCUCUUUAGCUGCUGCCGAAAAGGGGCUGUCAGCACACUGACCCCGUCCGCCGCUGGGAUCCACGUUCUGGGCGGGUUGGUCGUCUUCAUGACGGAUGGCUUGAUAGGGGCGUAUUCAGUCUUCGUUUACAGCUACGCGGUGGAUCCUCCCUUGUCUCUGAAACACAAGACGGCGGGGUACUUGGCCAGCAUCUUCUGGGCAGCCAUCACUGCAGGCCGGCUGGUGUCCGUCCCGCUGUCCUGCUGGCUCCAGCCUGUCCACAUGCUCAUCGCCAAUCUGGCUGGCAUGGUCAUCACCGCCUUGCUCCUCCUCCUGCUCUACGCUGACAGCGUCUUCCUGUUCGUGGGAACGUUCUUCCUGGGCUUCUUCCUCAGCAGCGUCUUCCCCUGCAUGCUGGCCUACGCCGAGGACGUCCUCAGCUACCAAGGCUGCGUGACCACGGUCCUGGUGACCUGCGCGGGGGCCGGGGAGAUGGUCCUCCAGAUUGUCGUCGGCUUGGUAAUGCACAGCACGGGCAGCUACAGCUUCCUCCUGUGCAGCGUGUUUACUGGCGCCAUCGGCCUCUGCCUUUUCUUUGCUCUACUGCUGUUUCGCCACAUGCACAGGUAGUUGUUAAAUAGGCACCCGUGGUGAAGAAAAAGCAGUGAUGGAGAGCUGGUGAGAGGGAGGACAUGGCGAUAGAAAAGAGAAAUGGAAUUUAGAAGCGAUGGAACUGGUCGCACAAAGGGCUAGAGAGAGGAAGCAGUGUCACCUGUGCACCGGACUCCAGCGUGGGGCCACAGUGCCCCCUACUGACAGGAGGAAAGAAAAUGCUAGAACCUCAACUCCCUCAAACAACAUUCGUACUGUACAAUACAUCAGCGUAUUUCUAAAUUUCACAGUGCAGCUUUCAAGGUUAUCACAAUAUUGACUUGUACAAGCUCCACUUGCCUAAGGAAACCUUAUGUAUCUGGAAUUGUAAUUUUCUGCAAUAUACUGAAAUACAAUAUUUUCUCACAAUCAUAAAAGAAUAUAGCAAACUGCCAAAUAUGCUUUCAGAUAUUGUAAUAUAUUUUUAAAAAUACAUUCUAGUGAAAUAUCCUGUACUUCCACAUAUCCACAUAUUUUCCAUAGACUUGUACGAAUAUAUCUCUUUUUUGGGGGGAGAGGGAGGGGGGGGGGCUUAGAAAAAAAUAUUCUGUAUUCUUGAUUAUUGACACAUUUAUGUAGAAAGAGCAUUUGUAUUGCUGUUUCAAUGCAGGAUUACCAAUACUGCUUAAUGGCACUAGGUUUUUCCAAUUAAGUCCAGUUUAAGGGGUCCCCUUUCUCUUACUUUACCCAUUUAUGAUGUAAGAUGACACAAAUGUGUGAUUAGAAUGUUCUCAACCAAACAUUCUAAUGCUGAUGUCACAGUCACUACUGGCGACUGAAAGCAGUGGAGUGCUAGAACACUGACCUCUGGGAAAAAAAUAAAGCCUACUCUUCAAAGGGUUAAACAAACCCCCUUAACUCACUUUGAAACAUAAAACCUCCUUUUUUUUUUGCUGUCUAGCA